AACUGCAGACACAAAUGUGGGGUAGUCGAGCUGCAGCUACGGUGACAGUCAGAAGUGUGGUCUGAGUUUCCAUCCAGCAGGCGUGUGCGAGCUUGGCGUGGGCUGGUUAGUGAGUUUGACUGGGACGCGCAAGUUGAUUCGCCAUGGAAGACGUCAACGGGUGUGGCGGUGACGGUGCCGUGCUGCAGGAGACGUUCUACAUCCUGUCGAAGAAGAACACCGUGUAUCGAGUCAAGCUGUCAGAGAAGGGGCUCAGCCUGGUGAAGGAGUCCAACGGCAACACCAAGUCAGAGACGAUCCAGCUCGACGACAUCAUCGGCUGUCGAUGCAUGCGCAGCAAAUGCAAGCCCGGCCCGUCUUGUGCUUGUCGACCGAGCGGCAGGAAGGACCUGAAGGAGGCUGACAGGGAAGAGAAGCCAGGGUCUCAGGACAAGAGUGACAUCAGUGCUUACCUGUACAUUUACGCUUAUGUCCUCAAGAAAUACAAGAUGACAUCAGGUGUGAAGCGAGAAAGGAUGACCAUCACACUGCGCUUCCGCUCUUUUGACAAGUUUGAAGAGAAUAUGCGAGAAGCUCAGAAGUGGCGUUUGGCGAUCAAGUGCCUGAUGAAGGAUGCUCCAAUUCCUCGAGCGGUGCUGAACUCUGAUGAGAAUUCCAUCACAAUGUCGCCUGGUGGUGUGGAGCGCAUCCUGGACGAGCGCAAGAUCCUGGUGCUGCUGAACCCCAAGAGCGGGCCGGGCCGGGCGCGCGACGUGUUCCAGCAGAAGGUGGUACCGCUGCUGCUGGAGGCCGAGGUGGGCUACGAUCUGCACAUCUCCAAGCACGCCAACUACGCGCGCGAGUUCGUGCGCUCGCGCGACGUGUACCAGUACCGCGCCAUCGUCGUCAUGGGCGGCGACGGCAUCAUCUUCGAGGUGGUGAACGGCCUGUUCGAGCGGCCCGACUGGCGAUCGGCCGUCAAGGAAGUCCCCGUGGGAGUGAUACCGUGUGGCUCGGGCAACGGCCUCGCCAAAUCCGUGGCAGUGGAUGACUCCUACGACCACAAUCCAGUUCUCUUUUCCACUCUCAACAUCCUCAAGGGAACGUCCACUCCUCUAGACUUAGUGAGAGUUGAAACUAGAUCUAAAAUUAUGUACUCAUUUCUAUCCAUUGGGUGGGGUCUCUUAUCAGAUAUUGAUAUAGAGAGUGAAAAGUUACGAGCGAUUGGCGGACAGCGCUUUACUGUGUGGAGUGUGGCAAGAUUAAUCGGACUGCGGACAUAUAAAGGGAGAAUAUCUUACUUGCUGCAUCCUAACUCAAAAAGUCCGGUUUCUUCGAGUAAUGCCAGUAGAACUGUGUUGACUCGAAGUGCUAGUCAAAUGGUUGAUGUUGACCUUGCCAAUGAUGCCAAUGUGGGAUUUAUGACACCAAUGCAUACAAGUCAAAGCAUGUUUAGUGAUUUAGUGGAAUCUGACAGUCCUCUGAGAGACUUGAGCCUAGAAACUGCUUAUGCCAAGAUUGCAGAAGAUAUGAGUUCAGAUCCAGAUCAGCGACCUCGCAUGGACAGCUUUUAUUCAAUCAAUUCUCGCCGCAGUACUUAUUACUCCAUUGGGGGAUCCAGCUUCCAGUCAGUUUUUGACCCCAGCUCUGAUCAUAACAGUGGAAGUGUUAAUGUACAAAUGUAUGGCCCCCCAUCUCAGUUACCGUCCCUCACACAACCUGUUCCAGACACUUGGACCAAACUAGAAGGAGAAUUUAUUAUGAUGCACUCUACAAAUGUUACUCAUUUGGCAAAAGACUGCCUUUUUGCUCCUGAGGCAAAAUUAAAUGAUGGUAUCAUAUGGUUAGUUGUUAUAGAAGCAGGCAUCUCUAGACAUCAACUUUUGCAAUUUUUACUGGGCCUUUCUCAUGGGACUCACCUGAACUGUCCACAUGUGAAGAUGUUACCAGUUUCAGCAUUCCGCCUUGAACCUGAGACAGAAGGGAGCUACAUCACUGUUGAUGGUGAGGUUGUGGAGUAUGGACCAAUUCAAGUUGAAAUCAUGCCUGCUCUUGGACGUAUAUUAUCACGAUAGAAUUUUCAACAGUUUCAAAUUAAAAACGUAAAUGAAACUGUACUCCUCAAUCUUUGAUUUGUUUGCAACAUCAAUUUUUUUCUGCUCAGUUUUUUGUUUGUGUUUGUUGUAGUUUAUCAAUAGAGCAAGAGGAAAUUUAAAGAAAAUUUAGUUGCAGAAUAUGCUGUGAGUUUGUGAAUGUUACCACUUCUAGGUCAGAAAUUCCAACAACUGAUACCCAAUUUCAGAUAAGCCUUUCACAAAGGUGCCUGAAUAUUUUAAUCUAGUACACCUUUGUUCUGGUCUUUUAAUAAGGAGAAACUACUGUACCUUUAGUGUUAAUUUAUUUUAUUUUGGCCAUGACAGUUGACGGAUUUCAUUUUUAGGUGUUCAAGAUCUUUGACAUGGUGAACUCGUAAUUUUGUAUGAAUGGUAUCUUACAUGAUUGUGAGCCAUUCAUAGUUUGUUUUUAUCCCUUUUCAGGUAUAGUGAAAUGGCAAGUAAUUGCUGUAAUAGUACAAGAUUGAGUGCCUUUAAUGUCUUUCAUUGUUACCUUUUUUUUUGCUUUGUCUCAUCAGUAUUUAUCUCAAUAGUGUCAUGUGGCUAACAUAAAAUGACAUCUGAAGAGCUUUGAUGGAACAGAUAUAUAUAUUUGAGUAACCAUUUAACUUCACUCCUAUUUCAUUGAUAUCAGUGAAUGAACCUACACACCUUGUCAAUAAUUCAGGUUGUGAAGGAAUAACUUUUUAUUGUGAAGAAGUAGACCAAAUGUAAGUAAAUUAGCAUAUUUCUUGAGUAUAUAUAUGCCAUUGGGAGGGUAUGGCAGCAGCCAUGCAUCUUACUCAAUGAUUUAAACUGCAAGCUUCGGUUUCCAUACAAAGUUUUUAUCCAUUAAUAAUAAAAUGUUUAUAUUGUUUGUUAUUGUAUGUUGAAGUUGUCUGUUAAAAAUGUACAAAUUUGUUGUCAUUUUUGCUGUCUUACUUAAUCUUAAAGAAUUGUGAUUCAUUAUGUAUCAUGUGCAUGUGAUAGUGUAUUUGGAAUAACAUUUCAUGAUUUUCCAUGUGUAAAGGCUCUUGACACAUUUCAAAUGGUUGUGGUUUCAAGCAAUAAAAGUGUUACCUAUUAAGUUUUUAUCUUUUGAAUGGGCCAAGUAUGCAUUUUAUUGUUAAAAAUGUAUUAUAGUUUUAUUUUUGCACAAGCUGAGUUCGAUGUAUAUUUAAAGGAAAAAUGAACUCAAUCCUGCUGUGAUGGAUUGCCCUGCGCCUUUUGUUCUUGGCUGUCUAUUUGUUAGUUUAUUUGUUUGCCAUUUCUCUAUAGUCUAUCUAGUUAUAACUGUUAUUAAACAGGGUGGGGAUCAUUAAUUUUCCAAAGAAAAAAGGGAGUGGCAAAACAGAUCCAUGCCUGUUUUAGCUUGAAUCUUGGUUUACUGCCAUCUCUGGAACCCGAGUACUGUGUAGCAAUACAUAUUUCAAUACACUGAGGUGAAGUUUUGCUCUUCCAUACAUUCCUACAACCUAGUUAUUAUUGUGUAAUUAACAGUUUAAUUUAUUCAAAGCAAUUUUCCUGAACUGGGGUAUGUUCUAAUCUCGGGUUUAUGAACUCCUGAUAGUUUGCCUUUUAAGUGUUGCUUUGAGCAGAUUUGACUGUACUUACUUUAUCCUUACCAGUCACUCAAAUCAUUCCUUGUGUCAUAAUUUCCAGAUGCCGCCUCAAUUUUAAGGUUCAAAAGAGGAAUGUAGGGAAAUUACAAUGUACUAAUUUUUAUUGUCUGGAAUAAAGGAACUUGAUGCUUAAGCAAAGCCAGCCACCAACUUUAA